AUGUUGCGUCUCAGUACAAUCGUUCGCGCCUCCGCUCAUCGGAAUGUAGUAAUCAAGUUGGUGCAAAAUUCAAAAGGAGCAAGCACUAAAAUCGACGUGAGAGCUGCUUCAUUUCUGUCGGAUAGCCAACGUCCAAAUCGGUCGUUUCUGAUGAAUCUCUUUGGUGGAAAACUUCAAACGAUCGAACUGUUUCCCUAUCCGGAACCGCUUGACGAAGAGCAGAAGGAUUACGCGAGAGCACUAGUCGAUCCAGUUCACAAGUUUUUUAAGGAAGUGAAUGAUGCAACUCGCAACGACGACACCAGCAACGUAAACAACCAAACGAUCGAUGCUCUAUGGGAUCUUGGACUACUAUCCGUGUACGUACCGCCGGAACUCGGUGGGUUAGGCCUGUGCAAUGUACAAUCGGUACUGAUGGCUGAAAUAAGUGGUAGUUACGAUCUUGCCUUGAGCUUGCUAAUCGGUGCACACAAAAGCAUCGGGACGAAAGGAAUACUUCUGUACGGCAGUGAUCAACAGAAGCAAAAGUACCUUCCGAUGUUAAGCAGUGGGCGUGUAUUCGGUGCAUUCGCCCUAACCGAACCCGGAACCGGUUCCGAUGCAGCUUCGGUGAAAACGGAAGCCGUUCUGAGCCCGUGCGGUAAAUUCUAUACCAUAAACGGAUCGAAGCUGUGGAUAUCGGGCGGUGGAUUGGCGGAUAUUUUCACCACCUUCGCGCAGGUCGAAGUAACCGAUGAACGAACUGGUGAAAAACGUAACCAAAUGACCGCCUUUAUUGUGGAGCGUAGCUUUGGCGGCGUCAGUACGGGCCCUCCCGAAGACAAGAUGGGGUUGAAGUGUUCCGUCACGAAUGAGCUAUUUCUCGACGAUGUACGAGUGCCCGUAGGGAACGUGUUGGGCGAGUUGGGCGGUGGGUUUAAGAUUGCGGUAAACAUACUUAACUCGGGACGUUACGGAUUGGGCGCGAUGCUCUCGGGGACGAUGAAAGCUUGCAUUGAGAAGGCAGCUAACCAUGUAAGCGACAGGGUACAGUUUAAGCGGAAGUUGAUUGAGUUUGAAAACGUGCAGGAAAAGCUGGCGAUGAUGGCGACCCAUCAUUAUGUGGCGCAAAGUCUUACGUACAUGGUGUCUGGGAACAUGGAUAAAGGUUCGGUAGACUUUCAUCUGGAGGCGGCUGUUAGCAAGGUGUUCUGUACCGAGGCGGCUUGGUAUGUGUGUGACGAAGCGAUCCAGCUGUUGGGUGGCAAUGGGUUCAUGAAAUCGAGUGGCCUGGAACGGUUUCUGCGAGAUAUCCGUGUGUUUAGGAUUUUUGAAGGAGCGAACGAUGUUUUGCGGAUGUUUAUCGCUUUGACGGGCAUUCAAAAGGCGGGAAAAGAUCUCCGAGAACUUCAAAAGGCGCUAAAAAAUCCGCUGGGAAAUUUGGGUGUGGUCUUUGCGGAAGGAACGAGGCGAGCAGGACGUAGCGUUGGAUUUGGCGGAACGGAUCUGCGCCCCUUCGUGGCUAGUGAACUUCAAAAUGCAGCCAAACAGUGUGCUGAGAGCACUGACGUAUUUAGCAACACUGUCGAAUCUCUUCUCCGAAUCCAUGGCAAGGGCAUUGCCGAGCGACAGUUCCAACUCGCACGGGUUGCUGACUGUGCAAUCGAUAUCUACUCAAUGGCUACCGUGCUGUCCAGGGCAACACGCGCAGUGAAGGCAAAUCUUCCAUCAGCCGAGCAGGAACUGCUGAUGGCACAAAUUUGGUGCAAGGAGGCAAGUGACCGUGUCCACCGCAACAUAAAUCGAAUCCAGUCGGCCGCAUUUCAAGAGAACUAUCAACGAAUGGCGAUCGUAGCUAAACACAUUUCCGCCCAACGAGGAAUAGCGUUCACAAAUCCAAUGGAAAUAGAUUAA